GCACAGCCACACUGAACAAAUGAGAAGCCAUCUUCUCCAUCCACUUUCCCCCGCCGCCGCCGCCGCCGGCACCCCCGGCAACGCCGCUCUCUUCCUCGCUUCUUCUUCUUCUUCGCCGUCGCGCUCCGACUCCACCAACCUCCUCCGCUUCUCGCGGCGCCGCUCUGCCAGGCCCCCUCCUCCGCCCGAUGCUCUCCCCCGAUGGGACUCCAAUGCCGAGCCCGUCCCCGGCGGUGGCUCCGCGUUCGGCCUCGACAGCGAGGUCGACGACGUUUACGACGACGGCGGCGGCGGGCGGUUCGGGUUCGACGGCGCGAGGAAGCAGAGGGUUUGGUGGUCCGGGCUCGACGGUGAAGGCGAGGACUUGGAGUUCGAGGGGGACGAGGAGUUUUGGGGCUUCAAGGUUUUGCGAGCUUUUGGGUGGAUGUUUCCGGCCAUUGCCAUAUCAUUGCUCCUAGGCACCGGUCCAAAUGCGUUCAUAAUGGCCUUAGCAGUUCCAUUGGGACAGACAUUGCUUUCCCUGGCAUCCGAGAAAGCUUGGGGAGGGACGAGCGAAAGAGAUAGCUGGAAACCUCGUACCCGGGCUAAAACCAAGAAAAAACCAUUUGUGAAUCCCAGAAGUGAAGGCCGAAAAAGCGGAGGGAAACAAGAAAAUGGUUCCGCCAGUGGGAGGAAUGCUUAUCAGUCUUGGGUGACAACAGAUGGUUCAUAUAGCAAGGCAGGCAGCGGAAGUAGGCCGAGAUUCGGUGGAUGGGAUGAACUCGACGGGAAAGCGGGGACACGGGAGGUUCCUAAAAGUGAAAGGAGUCGAAAGACAUAUGCGCCGUCGAAGCAGUCGAGAAAAGGAAAGUUUAGCAGGAUAGGAAGGGUAAGGGAAACGCCGUUGCUGGUGCGGCUUCUUAUUGCUGCAUUCCCAUUUUUGGGCUUCUGGACAAAGUUACUCUUUUAAUUGGGUGAAAAUUCAAAGCUGCAGAUACCCUACUAAUUACAUUCUUGCUUGCUUAUGGCUGGA